AUGAUUAAACAAUCAUUCAAAACUAAAGUGGCUUUAAUGUUAUCAUAUAUUGGUACUAAUUAUCAUGGACUACAAUAUUAAUAAUCGUAUCCAACAAUUGAAUCAACACUAUAUGAUGCUCUUAUUAAAACAGUAAUUUUGAAUAAUAUAAAGGAAUUUAGUUUCUGAAUUAAAUGCAGAUAGUAUUAAAAAAAUAGGAGUAAGUAGAGGAGCAAGAACAGAUCGAGGUGUACAUGCAUUAUGUAAUUAUGUCUCUUUGA